AUGGUGCACAACCAUGGCACAGUCCUUUUGGCCCCGCAGAACCUGGCAGUUUCCGGUGCGAACCAGGUUCUGCACAACAUUGUGGCCGGCAACUUUUUCCGAGGCAACAUCGUGCUGGUGGCACCAUCAACCGGGCCGUUUGCCUCAAAGUUCCAGGAGUUUGGAGUUUCGAUCCGAAUCGGCAAGGUUGAGGACAUCCUGGACAUGAUCCGAGACAUCCGCUUCGCAAUCUGCAACACCAUUAUGACAGCCCACAUUGUCAAGAUCCUGCAGAGGCGUGGGGUUCCGUGUGCCUGGAUUUUGCACGAGUGGUGGACCAAAGAGAUGAUUCCCGAGGAGCUGCAGAAAAGGAACGACAAGAACCUCACAGUAGCUACGGUGGAGGAAGCCUUGCAAACCUGCUCUGCCACCGUGGCGGUGUGCGAGCGCCAGUUGCAUCUAUACGGCCCUGCACACGGCGAGGUGAUCUUUGUGGGCACACCAGAUGUGGACCCAAGCAGCUUCCCCGCUCUAAAGGCACCUGGAGGCUACCCUUCCGGUGAUCCUGGCUGCCCGCCCAAGGACGUUACCACCUUCUUGUGCAUCGGAAUCGUAUGCCCUCGGAAGAACCAAGCAUUUACAGUGAAGUGCUUCAAAAAGUUUGCUGGGGAUCGCAAAGAUGUUGAGCUUCUAGUUGUGGGCGUCAGAAAAAUUAGAGACUACGAAAUCGCCUAUGUGGAGCAGGUCGAGAAGGAGAUUGGCGGUGAUCCACGCAUCCAGCUGCACGAUGUGACUCAUGAGGUUGACAAGUACUACGCGAAAGCCGAUGUUGUGCUUCUGGCCUCGCUGAAUGAGGUGACACCCAUGGUCCUUGCAGAGUCAAUGGCUCGCAAGACACCCGUGAUCACAACGGGCAUUGCAGGAAUCCCAGAGAUGCUCACAGACGGCGUCGAAGGCUUCAUUUGUGGGGAAGAGGACACGGAUGCCUGUGCUGCGGAGUGGGCCAAGCGCAUGAAGGAGCUUGCAGACGACCCAGCGCUUCGUCAUCGCAUGGGAGAGGCAGGCCUGCAACGCUACGCGAAACAGUUCCGCUUGCAGCACAUGGUGGAUCAAUACAGGAUGCUUGCAAUGCGCCUGGCCAAGCCUAUCAUCUUGAUCGACAUGGACGGCGUGCUGGUCGACUGGGACAAGGGCUUCUUGAAGGCCUGGGCCGAUCGCACGGUAGUGGAUCGAAGUCAUUACGAGAUGGAGAAAUGCGUGCCGCCCGAACGCUUUGGAGAGGCAGUGGAGCUCUUCUGUUCCGAAGGCUUCUUUCGCAAUCUGCCAGAAAUGCCAGAUGGAGUGGCCUCUUUGAAAGAGAUGGUUUCCAAAGGCUUUGAGGUCCUCAUUUGCACAGCUCCUUUCGCGAAGUCACGCUACUGUGCUCAAGAGAAGUGGGAAUGGGUGAGGGAACAUCUGGGUGAUGAGUGGCUCUUGCGGAUGGUGAUCACCCAGGACAAGACCACGGUGCGCGGAGACGUCCUGAUCGACGACAAGCCGAAAAUCACAGGGAGCCAGAUCCCUUUGUGGAAGCAGGUGGUCUUUGACGCGCAGUACAACCGCAAUGUGGAGAUGGACGGCCGCCGCCGCCUGUGCGCCUGGAAAGACUGGGAGAAGGUUCUUGCUGAGGAGUUGCCCAUCCGACUGGAGGAAGAAGCGGAGGAUGACCAGACUGAGGCGUCUGAGGCUUCCGAGACGAAGCCGAUCUCUGAAGUUCCCUCUGAAUCGACUGUCGCCAUCACUGCCGAGGAGGUGGCGAAGCUGCGAGACUUCUCCGCUGAGCUUGAGGGCUCCAGCUUCCUGAAGGACUACCGUGCGUGGCGCUUGGGCAAGACGAAAGGGGCGAAAGGCGAGUUCUGGCAGGCAGUGGCAGACAUCGAGAGGAUCAAGAAGCAGCUCUUCCUGGAGGGAGACGAUUGGUCCUCAGUGCAUGUGUACCGCCACGACUAUGGCAACUGGCGCCGUGGCAGGGCCCGGGGAGCCAAGGCCACCCGUGCGGAGGGCCCUGUGGCUGCAGCUGCCUUCAUGUGA